AUGACGUCCAUCAUCAAAUUGCAAUGUUUGUCUGGCGGGACCGACUCCGAAUCCCCGCAUUGCUACUUGCUUCAGAUCGACGAAUAUCGCAUUUUGCUUGACUGCGGCUGGGACGAAAAGUUCUCGUUUGAGGGAAUCAAAGAAUUACGCAAGCAUGUGAACGAGAUCGACGCGGUGUUGUUGUCGUACCCGGACAUGUUGCAUUUAGGCGCCUUGCCGUAUGCAGUUGGUAGACUGGGGCUCAAUUGUCCCGUAUACGCCACUAUACCAGUAUAUAAAAUGGGACAGAUGUUUCUCUACGACGUUUACCAGUCUCACCACAACCAGGAGGAUUUUAAUCUGUUCUCCCUGGACGACGUGGACGCGGCUUUUGACAAAUUCGUGCAGCUCAAAUACAACCAGACUGUGCAACUGAAGGGUAAAGGCACUGGGCUGACGGCGACGCCGUUUCCCGCGGGUCACAUGCUGGGCGGCACUGUAUGGCGCAUAACGUUGGACGACGAAGAAGACAUUGUGUACGCCGUCGACUACAACCACAAGAAGGAGCGGCACCUCAACGGAUGCAGCAUUUUGGACGUGACGCACAAGCGCCGUCCGUCCCUGCUCAUCACCGACGGACUUAAUCUCACGUACCAGCAAGCCAGACGUCGUGUGAGGGAUGAACAGUUGAUGACGACGAUCUUGACUGUGCUACGUGGCGGCGGGAAUGUGUUGUUGGCGAUCGACACUGCCGGUCGAGUUUUGGAGCUUACGCACAUGAUGGACCAGUUGUGGCGGCAACAAGACGCCGGCUUGCUGGCCUAUUCGUUGGCCCUGCUUAACAACGUGGCUUUCAAUGUGGUCGAGUUUGCCAAGUCGCAGAUUGAGUGGAUGAGCGAAAAAUUGAUGAAGAGUCUGAGCGAAGGCAGUCGCGUGAACCCGUUCCAGUUUAAGUACGUGCAGAUCUGUCACUCCAUUCAGGAGUUGAACCGCAUCCCGGACCCGAAGGUUGUGCUGGCGAGUUUGCCGGACUUGGAGUGUGGAUUCUCGCGGGACUUGUUUCACAAUUGGGUGCAGGAUCGGAAAAAUGCCAUUAUUCUUACGUCCAAAACUUCGCCGGGGACCCUUGCCAGGCACUUGAUCGACAACCCGAACUUGAAAGAGCUGGAGUUGGAGGUUCGAAAACGGAUUCGCCUCGAAGGACGUGAAUUGGAGGAUCAUAAGUUCCGACUGAAGGAAACGAAGAAGCCGCUGCGAAGAAUAAAAUCUGAAAAACUGGGAAAACUGGGGGGAGCAGUGGAAAGCAGCGACUCAGAGUCGGACGACGAAGUUCUCGUUGGCGACCAUUUGGGAACGGCGGUGAAGGACGGCGCUAUUCGACACGACCUGAUUGUGUUGAGGAAUCCCAACUCGGACAAGCCGACGUCCUACGCCAUCCCGAUUCCUGAUUCCAAGUCUGCCGUCGGGCUCGUCUUGAAAGGCGGUGCAUCUGGAAGCAAAGCCAUCAAAGGUAGCGGAGCAGGAACAUCAGCAGCUGCGUUUCAGACUUUCGCUCCCAAGUCGCAUAGACAUCCCAUGUUCCCGCAUUCCGAGGAGCGAAUUAAAAGUGAUGAUUACGGCCAAGUUAUCCGCCCGGAAGAAUUCGCCAUGUUGGAGCGUGGAGGAUUGGACGGGACAGAGGACAACAAGGAGAACUACCUGCUUGGGUUGGACGAAGAAGCCGUCGUGGAAGUGGAACAGCCGAGCAAGUGUACGAGGGAAUUGCAGACCGUCACCGUGAACGCCGGUAUUCAUUUUAUUGACUUCGACGGCCGUUCUGACGGCGAUUUCCUCAAGCGGGUCGUGACUCAGCUGAAACCAACGCACUUGGUGGUGGUGAGAAGUGGAGCAGAGUCUCAAGCCGCGUGUAAAGCGCUCACUGAGUUGGCCAUCAAAUCGGGGGUUCAGCGAUGCCACUUGAUGAGUAAUAGGCAAGUUAUAGAGGCGUCCGUUGAAUCGCACAUCUUCAGUGUGCUUAUGGACGAAGCCUUGUUAGCCAACCUGGAUUUUGUUGCACUGAAUACCAGCAACCGAAGCGGUGAUGAUCAGGCUACUGAACAGUUGGCCUGGAUUGAGGCAGUCAUAAGGAAAAGGAAGCGAGUACGCGAAGAGCCGUCAAUUGCUGGCAAAGAUGAUGAUCCAGUGAUUGCCAAAGAUGAGUACGUGGAUGUUCUGGAACCAUUGCCAGAGAACGAGAAGCCUGGAUUUCAUAGUGCGCUGUUUAUCAACGAUUUGAAGCUUUCAGAUUUCAGAGAAACUUUGAAUAGAAAAGGAAUUUCUGCGGAGAUCUCUUCCGGUAUUCUAUGGUGUUGCAAUGACACAAUUGCUUUGAGGAGGCCGGUCGCAGGAGGCCAAAUCGCUUUGGAAGGCGUCUUGUCGGAAAGUUAUUUCCUGAUCCGAGACUUGUUGGGGUGUGCUGUUCACGGUGAAAUGCCGAAAACGAAAAAAUACAGUAUUCUUCUCCCAACCUACAAUGAGCGCGAAAACUUGCCCAUCAUUGUGUGGCUUUUAGUGCAAACUUUGGAAACUGCUGGAAUAAAUUUUGAAAUAAUCAUUAUUGAUGACGCGAGUCCAGAUGGCACUCAAGAAGUAGCCCGAAACCUGGCAGAAAUUUACGGUGUGGAGCGUAUCCUUUUGCGUCCGAGGCCUGGGAAACUUGGUUUGGGCACCGCUUAUGUGCACGGAUUGAAGCAUUGCUCUGGGGAUUACGUGAUUAUCAUGGAUGCGGACUUGAGUCAUCAUCCGAAAUUCAUUCCGCGCUUCAUCGAAGCUCAAAUGAAAGGAGACUUUGAUAUCGUUACUGGAACAAGGUAUGAAGGAAAUGGAGGCGUUUCUGGUUGGGACAUGAAGCGGAAAAUUGUCAGCUCUGGAGCCAACGUUCUUACUCAGGUCCUUCUGCAGCCUGGUGUGUCAGACAUCACAGGCAGUUUCAGGCUCUUCAAGAAGCCGGUUCUCGAAAACCUGAUGGCCGCCGCCACGAGCAAGGGCUACGUUUUCCAAAUGGAGGUUAUUGUGAGAGCGAGGGCGGCAGGCUACCGAAUUUCCGCAGUUCCGAUCACCUUCGUUGAUCGACUUUACGGAGAAUCAAAACUCGGAGCCACGGAAAUCAUUCAGUUUGCCAAAGGGUUGCUCAGUUUAUUCGCCACAGUGCCGUGUCCCAGCGACACUUUCGGGGCCAAUGUCGGGUUCAUUGCGGUGCUGCUCGUGUUUGGUGUUGCCUUUUCCGCAUUCGUGUUGGGUUGAUCUGUUCACUUUGUGUCGCAUUCCCCGAAGUACUUUUCAAGUUGAACUGCAAAAUUUGGUCGUUGGCUUGAAAUGGUCCCGAUGUUUGAAACAUUUCAAUUGUUUGUCUCUUGCAGAAUCCCAAGUGCCAUCUUUUUCCUGUGUUCGUGUGAUAAGGUUAAAAUGACAACGAAUGAUGCCGCAUAUCUCGCCAAGUUGGAAGCUGUAAAAGAAAUCAGAAUGAAGAGCAGGACGUUGUUCGAGCUGAGAGCAAAGCUGAUCUCAGAGCUGGAAAAAGUGGAUGCUGAGGAAAGAGCCAUGGCGGACUUCCGUCAGGAAAUGGAGCUGUUGUUGCAAGAAAAGAUGGCGCACGUGGAGGAAUUGCGGCAAAUACACGCGGACAUUAACUCUCUGGAAACAAUUAUGAAGCAAGCCGAUGCUGCCAAGGAUGGUGCGCUAAAGUCGGCGUGUCGAUUGAUGGAGGAUUACAGGCCAUUGAAGCACGAAGUGGAUCGCUACAGACAAGAGUUGUUGGGGUUGAGGAAGCUUCCUGAUUUGCACGAGAUGGAGUCUCAGGUCUCCCUCGAGAGCCUCGAGAAGCUGGUGAGCAUGGAGAUGAGCCGAGCAAACUCUGCCAAUUUCGAUUCUGCGGGAUCGCGAAGUGCGAGUGUGGCACCAUCUGGAGGUGGGGGCAGUGGCCCGCAUGGCUUCCCCGGCUUCAUGAUGCACCCGGGACUGUUCGCAGCCACGCAUCACCCGCCGCCGCAGCAUCACCAUCAACAACAUCCUGCUGCUCAUCAUCAUCAUCACCAUCAAUUGCAACUUCAGCAGCAACAGCAGGAUGCCGGCGGUGGAGGUGGCGGCGGCGGCGGCAGUGUGCCAGCUGCAUCUUCUUCAUUGGCCCGCCAGAAGGCCAUGACUGAGCCGGCCGUGAUGCCGGCGCCUCAAAGCACGGCUCCGUCUGCUUCUUUCAGGCAACAGCCACCGCCGAUGAAGGCGUGUUUAUCGUGCCAUCAGCAAAUUCAUCGCAAUGCGCCAAUCUGUCCGUUGUGCAAGGCGAAAUCUCGGUCUAGAAAUCCAAAGAAACCGAAACGGAAGGAUCCUCCAGGGUUGUGAGCGCGUUUUCCGCGAAAUCUUCCGCCAUAUUUCAUUAUUUUUCGUUUUAUGAAAAGAUCUGACGACGAGAAGGAUUCCAUUUUCUUUCUCUUCGCCAUUCAGCCUGUUGACCUGCUUGAUCUGAAAAUGCUACCAAAUAUUUCAGCUUUGUAAGUCGGAUUGUUGACUAGUUUUGUUUCUCGAGUACAAAGAUUUUGUAAAAAUGUAUCUGAGGCAUCAUUUUGAUCAGUAUUUAUUGAGCAAAUUGAACUCGCCAACUGUGCUGUUGUUUUGUGAAUUGUCAGUAUUUAUUCGGUCGAAGACGCGCUAAAAACAACACAAACACCCAGCAUUUGUCCGUAAUGUUAAGCAAGUGCUACUUUUAACGCAGCAGUAUUCCAAGCUUUUUUUGUUUCUUUGUUGUUAGCGCAGGAUUGCCCUUUUUGUUUUUAAAGAUGGAAAGUACAAAGUGAACAAUAUGUUGGUCUGAACGGUGUUGCACGAAAAGGAGGAAGAGAGAGAGAGAGAUAAGAAAAUACAACAAGGAAGAAAAUGAGACGUCUUUGGUUCCGAUC